AUGGCGACGAACAGUGACUUUUCCGACGACGAGUCGCAGCCCGGCUCGCCCGUCCUGGGCGACUCCAACGGCGUCGAAAAUGCCUUUGAAGACCAGGAACCGCUCGACCACGAAGACGAUUCACAGACGCCGCUCAAGUCGGCUCUAAAACAGCCCAGCCAGGAGAAGAAGCCAGAGCUCCCCGAGCAGCCUGACCCGUCGACCCUCGAUCUGAACGUGCUCACGCCGCUGACGCCCGAGAUCAUUGCUCGACAGGCGACUAUCAACAUCGGCACGAUCGGUCACGUCGCUCACGGAAAGUCGACGGUGGUGAAGGCCAUUUCGGGCGUGCAGACUGUCAGGUUCAAGAACGAGCUGGAGAGAAAUAUUACCAUCAAGCUGGGAUAUGCGAACGCAAAGGUUUAUAGGUGUGAUAACCAGGCCUGUCCUAGGCCUACCUGCUACCGAAGCUUCAAGAGUGACAAGGAGGUCGACCCUCCAUGCGAGAGAGAGGGCUGUACCGGCAGAUAUAGACUGCUUCGACAUGUCUCGUUCGUCGACUGCCCUGGGCACGAUAUUCUCAUGAGCACUAUGCUUUCAGGUGCCGCCGUCAUGGACGCAGCCCUUCUCCUCAUUGCUGGUAACGAAACUUGCCCGCAGCCCCAAACCUCCGAGCAUCUGGCUGCCAUCGAGAUCAUGAAGCUCAACCACAUCAUCAUCCUACAAAACAAAGUCGACCUGAUGCGCGAAGACGGCGCUCUGCAGCAUUACCAGUCGAUAUUGAAGUUCAUCCGAGGAACAGUCGCUGAUGGAUCUCCUGUUAUUCCCAUCUCUGCUCAGCUAAAGUAUAACAUCGACGCGGUCAACGAAUAUCUCGUCUCGCACAUUCCAGUUCCAGUGCGAGACUUCCUCGCCCCCCCUCACAUGAUCAUCAUUCGAUCCUUCGACGUGAACAAGCCUGGUUCUGAAAUCGAGGAUCUCAAGGGUGGUGUUGCUGGUGGCAGUAUCCUGACAGGUGUGCUGAAACUCGGUGAUGAGAUUGAGAUUCGACCCGGUAUCGUCACCAAGGAUGAACAAGGAAAGAUCCAGUGCCGUCCUAUUUUCAGCCGCGUCGUAACGCUCCUUGCUGAACAGAAUGAUCUGAAAUUUGCUGUUCCCGGCGGUCUUAUUGGUGUCGGUACCAAGAUCGACCCUACCCUCUGCCGUGCUGAUCGUCUACUUGGUUUCGUCCUCGGCCACCGCGGUCGUCUCCCUGCUAUCUACAGUGAGAUCGAAGUCAACUACUUCCUUCUCCGUCGUCUGUUGGGUGUCAAGACCGCCGAUGGCAAGCAGGCCAAGGUUGCUAAGCUCGCGAAGAAUGAAGUGCUCAUGGUGAACAUUGGUUCGACCGCUACCGGUGCAAAGGUCAUGGGUGUCAAGGCAGAUGCUGCCAAGUUGAGCUUGACCAGUCCUGCCUGUACUGAGGUCGGAGAGAAGAUUGCCCUCAGUCGAAGAAUCGAUAAGCAUUGGCGUUUGAUCGGCUGGGCCAACAUCGUUGCUGGUAACACGCUGGAGCCGAUCUCUAACUGA